AUGGAGCCCUCGGGGCUCCUCGUGACUGGCGCCUCCUUCGCCGCGUUCCGGGGGCUGCACUGGGGGCUGCAGCUGCUGCCCACGCCGGGACCUGCUGCCCAGAACCGUUGGAAGUGGCGCAACAUCUGUGCCUCUCUGGUGCACAGCCUGCUCUCGGGCGCUGGGGCGCUGCUCGGGUUGUCGCUGUACCCUCAGAUGGCCGCCGACCCGAUUAAUGGCCACCCUCCCUGGGCCCUGGUGCUGGUGGCUGUGUCUGUGGGUUAUUUCCUGGCAGAUGGAGCUGACAUGCUGUGGAACCAGACCUUGGGCCAGGCCUGGGAACUUCUCUGUCACCAUUUGGUGGUAGUGAGCUGUCUCAGCAUCGCUGUUCUGUCUGGCCAGUUCGUGGGCUUCUCCGUGGUGUCUCUGCUGCUGGAGCUGAACUCUGCCUGUUUGCAUCUGCGGAAGCUGCUACUGCUUUCUCACCAGGCCCCAUCCCUGGCCUUCAGCGUGACCAGCUGGGCCACCCUGGCCACCCUGGCCCUCUUCCGCCUGGUACCGCUGGGGUGGAUGAGUCUGUGGCUGUUCCGGGAGCACCAUCAGGUGCCUUUUUCUCUGGUUGUCCUUGGUGGAACUGGGCUGGUCAUUGUGGGUGUCAUGAGCAUCACACUGGGUAUCCGUAUUCUGGUCAAUGAUGUUCUGCAGUCUCGGCCCCACUCGCCCAUCCCUGGGCACAAGGAAACCAGGAGGACCAGGACAUGUUGUGAUGGUGAGCCUGUCACCAGGAACAAUUUCACUGUCAGCCUGAAAUACUAGAGAGAAACCACAGGCUCCUCUUCUGCUGGCCUUGUGGGAGAUGGGGCCAGAACAAGGAGAUGGUGGUAUUCGGUGCACAUUAGGGUAUAGGAUGGACUGGAUUAUCAGUACCUCAGUUCCUCUUCCAGCUAACUCACAUCCCUCCCCCUUCCUAGGAUUUAAGAAGAAAUGCUGAUGUUGGUGGAUGGGUAGGAAAUCAGGUUACUGUUCACUGAAUUCCACCAUCAGAUGACCACCCUUUCCAGCAAACAAACUCAAGAGGUACAGUCAAAGCUAUUAAUAAAGAGUGGCAGGAGGCAUGAAGCUGGAAGAAACUGCCAAUGGGAACAGAAACCCUUUGCUUUAGCACAGGGACAGAUGAGAGAAGUAUCUUCUGACCUUUUCAGAGAAAAUACAGAUUCUUGGAAGAAUGCGCAUGGGGCUAGACCUGUCUUCUUAGGACAGCACUGAAGUCCAGAGCCAUAGAAGGGCCUCAAAUACCCAUUCUGGGUGCCCAGGGUAGAUCUUCCCGAGCCCAGGCUUUCAUGGAAGAAUGAAGGCAGAGGCUGAGCAGGUGAGAGGAGGCUCGCACUGGCUGUAGAGGGGUAAAGGGAUAGCUGACCCUUUUCUGGGAUUCAUUUGCUAGCUCUCCUUCCUCCCCUGAAGCUUCAUUUUUUCUACUGUAGCUUUUCUGCUGCGGUUUUUCUAUUGUACAAGACCCCUCCCUUCUCAGUGAGAACAUUCAGAUUAUGGAAAGUGUAGAGCAGAUUAAAGUUGAUAUUCUCCUAAACAAGGGGCAGAAAGAGAUAACCCUUAAUCAUCCACAGGAAAGAUACAUGAGCAAAAGCAAGAGACAGGAAGAUUUAAAAAAAAAAAAAAAGGAAUCUUGCUAAGAAGCUGCGAGAAAGAGAAAGACAAAAAGGAUGAGUGAGACAGACACCCAUAGGCUGAGGGACAGACAGAGAGAAGGAUUAAUUGCAUAGAGGAGACAGAGGCAAAGAGAGAUUGAAGACAAGAGAGAAAGAGAAGCCUUGGCAGAAAUAUUGAGAAAGACCACCUUAGAUGCUGAGAGGAACCAAAAUCAUAGAAUUGGUGAAAUGGUCCUAAACAAAGAGGACAAGAAAAAUAGAAAUAAAGGCUGACAGGAAGAGUCCCCAAGGGUGGAAGGCACAGAUAGUCUGGACAGUGAAAUAGUGAGAGUGACAAGAAGGAACAACCAGGCUCAGGAGAGAUGGAGGUAAGAGUGGCAGACAGAGAGAUUAGCAGAGCGAGGGAAGAGAGAGGUGGAAACAGAGCCGAGGGGGGAUUAGCCAGGGGAGCUGAGGAGCAGAAGAGCAGAAGGCGGAGGGGGCAGUCAGCAGAGAUUCACCGACAGAAACGAGAAGCAGGAAAUAUGUCGAAUUGGAGUCAGGCAGAGGGACAAAGGACAAACAGCUACAGUGCAGAACACAAAGACAAAGCCUGACAGUAACUGAUAGGCAGAGGCUGGUAGGAAGAUGAGAAAAGUCAGAGUCAGGGAUGUAAAUUGAGAUAGAAGAAUAGGCGGAGGGACUGACGAGGGGAAUCACAGAGGGGAUGGGGGGUGAACAAUUAAAUAAAUACCCAAAGGAAGGAACAAAGAGGAGGAGGAAACACAGAUGAAGAGAGAACAAACGAAACAAUACAGAUGUGAAAAAAAAGAGAGAGGAAUUGUGAGAGAUUUCCAUCAUAGAAUCAUAAUAACUGGGGCACAAAGGAGGGGAAAAAAAACAGAGACAGGAAAACCAGGACAGUUGGAAGUAGAUAAACACAGGCAGAAAAUAAGGGCAAGGGUUUAAAUGUAAUAAGACUUACACCCACGAAACAAAGGUAUAGAUGUUGAGAUAGGGAAACAAAAUAGGAUUUAGUCAGAGAGUUUGUCCUUAAUAGAAGUAAUAUCUUCAAAACUCAAUUUGCCCUUAAUAGAAUGCCUUGAAUAACAGAAAUGUUGUCUAUGUUGUGUUUUCAAAUAAAAAGAAACAUGACAAGCCCCCAUGAGAAAUCUAUUCCCUAAGUAUGUGUUGAGGCCAAUAUUAAUUUAUUCAAAGUCAUAUACUUUUUCUUUUGCCACUGUCAUAAAUUCAUGAUUCAAGCAAGUACCCCUCUUUGUAACACUAGAUAGUAUCUAUGAGGGGGCCCAAGAACUUGAACAUUAGAAAAAUAUGGCUGUUUCUGCGGGUUAACUAGUAAAACUCAAAAAGGAAGAGUCAGAUUAGCCACCAGUAGGGUCAGGACAUAAGUGGACCCCUGAAGAGUUCCUAUCAUGGUGACCCAGUGAAACUUCAGAAAGGCAGGACUGGAUUGUGAUUAUAAUCGAGUAAGUAGGAGUAGAAUCAACUGGAGUGUUUCCAGAUAAAGAUGAUGUGCAUCAAAGAACAAUGGUUAAUCGGGACCCUAGAAAAGGGAAGCUCAAAUUGCAGAGGUUGGCAGAUGCUACGUUUGGCACAAGUCUGGUCACUAAGUGGUGCUUAGUCAACCUUAGUGAAGUGGUCCUCAAGACUGACUCCAUGUCUACAAAGCUACCUGCUGAUGAAUUUUUUGCCUUCCAGCAUAGGGAAAGGGCUUUUCUGGAUGGGGGAUAUUGAUAUCUUAUGGUCUCGGAACACUAUCCUGAUUAUAAAUUAAUAAAUUGCUAUGCAAAUAAUUG